UCAGCAGCAUGGCUCUCAAGUAUCAGGUGACAAUGAGGGAAAGUUGUUCACCACAAGCGGCUUAAAUCCUCACCAAAAACUGGAGGACAGGAGAAGAAGUGAGCAUGGCGAGUGAGAGGGACUCAGCACAGAGCGGGGAGGAGGAGGACUCGGCUGUCGGUUAUUACGACGAGGAAGACGACCUGGAGGCAUUCUCAGACACGGAGCUGGGCUGUGAGGACGGAGAGUUGGGCUUCACAAAUUCUCUGAAUGGAGAGGUCAAACCUCGUAUCCUGUUGAUGGGCCUGAGGCGGAGUGGGAAGUCUUCCAUCCAGAAGGUGGUUUUCCAUAAAAUGUCCCCCAACGAGACCCUGUUCUUGGAGAGCACCAACAAGAUCUGUAGAGAGGACGUCUCCAACAGCUCCUUCGUCAGCUUCCAGAUCUGGGACUUCCCCGGCCAGAUCGACUUCUUUGACCCCACCUUCGACUAUGAAAUGAUCUUCAGAGGCACCGGGGCGCUCAUCUUUGUCAUCGACUCACAGGAUGACUAUGUGGAGGCUCUGAAUAGACUGCACCUCACGGUGACCAGGGCGUACGCAGUCAACCCAGACAUCAACUUCGAGGUGUUCAUUCACAAAGUGGAUGGCCUGUCAGACGACCAUAAGAUCGAGAAGCAGAGGGACAUCCACAAACGAGCCAACGAUGACCAAGUGGAUGCAGGCCUGGAGCGAAUACACCUGAGCUUCUAUUUAACCAGUAUAUACGAUCACUCCAUAUUCGAGGCGUUCAGUAAAGUGGUCCAGAAGCUCAUUCCACAGCUGCCCACGCUGGAGAACCUGCUCAACAUCUUCAUAUCUAACUCGGGUAUUGAGAAGGCCUUCCUGUUCGAUGUGGUCAGUAAAAUUUACAUUGCCACAGACAGCAGUCCAGUGGACAUGCAGACAUAUGAGCUGUGUUGUGACAUGAUCGAUGUGGUCAUUGACAUCUCCUGCAUCUACGGUCUCACCGACAGUGAAGCUGGUUUACCCUAUGACAAGGAGUCUAUGGCCAUCAUCCACCUGAACAACACUACAGUCAUGUACCUGAAGGAGGUCACCAAGUUCCUCGCCAUGGUCUGCUUCCUUCGCAAGGAAAGCUUUGAGAGGAAAGGACUGAUUGACUACAACUUCCACUGCUUCAAGAAGGCCAUCCAGGAGGUGUUUGAUGUUCGAGUUCAGGUUCAACAAAACCGUAAACUCCUCAGUCAGAGGAGGUGGAGCAAACUCUCUAUGACCAAUGGAGUGCUGAGCAACCCCCACUGAUGACAUCACAUCAGACAGCCAAAUGAACCCUGACACAUCCUGGAGACUCCGUCCUGGUCCAGGUGAUCCUCUGAGGCUCCUGGAUCUGCUUGAUCAUGUUUUUUUUUUUAUCUUGCUGGGAAACUCAAUCCACAUCAAAUCCACCUCCAUCGUCUCUGUCCUCAGAAGCAGUUUGUCUACAGCACAGAGGACAAUCUUUCAUUUUUCUCCACUUUCUAUCUUUUGAGUAGACUCAACAAGAAGUACAUGCAGAUUCAGUGACUUUAUCUCUCUGUAGCAGGCGGCAGCAAUGUGCGUCCCAUCAAUCCUUAUACCGUUAAUAAGUAAACUCAUAAACAGCAAGUUAUUUUUUAAGCGUUUGUGGCACCACUCGUUUGAGAUCCCGCUUUUAUUAAAUAACGGCUUUAUGUAUCUAUUGAAGUUUGUGAUUAAAUAUAUUUUAACAUGAUGCUGUGCCUGUUUCUUGAGCUUUUUAAGUACAAGUAGAGUAGAAAAGGAACAUUGACCCUCAGUUUCUAAGCCAACACUGUUAGGGAAUAAUUUGCUUAGGUAUUCAACCUUUGACACAGUUCAUCAUUUUCUCCUUUCACUGUCUCUUUUCCUAUGGCACAGGUCUACGGCCUUGGGUAUUGCUGCUAUCUCUCUUAAGGAGAGGCAGCUUGGGCGCAUUGUUGUUGCCAGCUUAUGAGACAUGAGAUAGUUUAUUGUUCAGGGACAUCUAGAAGCCCUUCUUUUUAGGAACGUAGGUUCCCUGGCGCACAUUCUUUUCUAUGGACGACAGCUCUAGUUAGAUUCAGGGUCCAUAUUUGUUUAG